UGUUUUUUUUUAAUUUCGAAUGGUCGAAGCACAAUGGACCAUCAUCAUCAUUUUUAUAUUUUGUCUAAUUCAAUGUUUAGUUAUCUGCUUUUUUGUCUUUUAAUUUUGUUAUCAUGGAAUUCGAUCAAUGGUCAGGCUCCGUACGAAUACUAUGGAUCGGUCGAUAGUAAUACUAAUGAUUUGAUCAGUCCAUUCAUGCAAAGUUCAUUGGAGAAUAUACAAUUAUUCAAGACAAAAGUGUUCAAAUUGAUUGAAGCUCAAAAUCAAUAUUUCGAAUUGAUACAGCAGAAAAGACCAGCUGUCGGUGAUUAUGAAUAUGUCAAAUUCGAUAUACUUCUCCCCGGUGCAGAUUAUCAACUGGAAUUGAUGGAUAAUCAACGUUUGAUUGCCGUACCAGAACCUAAUCUACCAGUUAAUAAUAGCCAAUUAUUGAUAUCGGUCGAUCAUCGUACACAGCAAUUGAAUUUAUGGCAAUUCGUUUCCGAUUCAAUGGUCAUAUUCAUUGAUAAAUACCGUAUUGGUCAAACGACAAUGGUUGUGGGUGGUGAUCCGGCUUAUCAUCAAUGUGCGAAAUUAAAAUCAUUUGUCAUUCGUACUGGCCGACAGAAAUAUCGUCUCAAAAUAAUCGCAUUAUUUCAGCAUAAAAAACAACCAUUUUCAGUGGGCAUUGGCGAUUUUAUAUUGGUUCUUUCGUUGAAUUUUUUAGUUCAACAAGGUUCUUCACCGUCCUGGGUGAACAAUAUUAUCCUACAGACAAAUUUCAUCGAGGAACAAGUGAUCAAAUUCGAACGAAUUCCCGAUUUCGAUAUCCUAUACCAUUCACGAUCACAAAUCUAUCUAAGUUUGAUACAAAAUUCCGAAGAUUCUAACUAUAAAUAUGAACUAAGCGUUUAUCAAUUGAUUAAUGAUAAAAUCUUUGAUAAAAUUGCCUGGCAAAUAUCUGAUUACAUUCUGAACGCUAUUCAUGUGAAAUUGGUAACAAUGGAUAAUUCGGUCUAUCUGAUUUGUUCGUAUGAUCAUCAAGUAUCGACAUCGAUCUAUAUCCAUGAUGAUGACAUUGGGCAUCAUGACAAUUUUCUCAACGUAUUCAAAUUGACCGAACAUGUUGAUUAUAGUAAUGAUCAUGGCCAUUAUGGAGCUCAUCGUUUACUUUUUGUAUCAUCGGUAAAUAAUUUAACCAGAUUAGAUAAUGAACCACAAGCCAUUCAUCAUCUAUCUGGUAACAAUGAUUUCAUUUUCCUCGUCAAACUCAAUGAUAUUGAUGUUUAUUGGUGGGAUGGCCAUUCCCUUCUUUACUAUGAUACGAUUAUCGAUGACCAGGAUAAUCUGUUUGGUCAUAACACUUGGAUACGAUCAUUUGCUUUGGCUAAAUUGUUAGAUCAACCUCCAUUAAUCAUGUCUACUGAUGGAAAAUCAUUAAAUCUAUAUUAUAAAGUGUAUUCUAAAUUCAUUCAUCAUCAGCUAGAUUUAAUGAUCGAUUGGAAUCAAAAUCGUUUGGAUCAGGUGGAAAUAUUUACUUCGAAUCGUCAAUAUUUUGUAUGGCUUAAAUUUGUCACUGAUAAUAUAAACGACGAAGGUCAGCCAGGUUAUCAUUGCCAAUUCGCUCGCGUACAAUCUCAUCAGCCUGAAUCAAAUGAACAGAUACAUAAUCUGGACACAUGCCUGAUGGAUCUUCGAGAACGAAUCGACCGAGGCUUACAAACUGUAAGGACGUUGAAACGAAAAUCAGAGAAUUUGUUGGUCAUAUCAUCAGAACAACCGUAUAUCGAUGUCGAUAUUGAAGUCGAUACAUUACAAACAAGCCGAGUGAUACCUGAACAAGUUUCACUUAAAAUACCAGGCAAAGUAACAAAAGGUGAUCGUGUGGUCGUUUUCUUGGAUAGCGUAAAUGGUCGUCUUGAUCAUCUGGAAAACCGCAUUAAUCAAACAGUCAUGUUGAAAUCGACAAAUCAGACAAUAUCGUCACCCAUUGAAUUUCAUCAUCCGAUUCGAACCGAAUCAUUGAUGGUGUCAUCGAUGGAAUCACAUUUUUAUUUAAAUGACAUCAAUUUUGAUAUCUAUGCCAAUGGCUCACUAUCCCUCAAUGGUGAUCAAACAGUUGAAGUGCCACUUAGAUUCAUGAAUGGUAUGCAAAUUAAUCAACUUAAUGCUUAUCAAAUAAAUGGAAUUCCUAUGAAAUCAGCCAUGUUAACGACUGUGACAGCACCAACACAAUUUGUAGCCGCAAAUGUUAGACACUAUUAUCAACGGUUAGAAUUGUUCAACGGAACUACGGCUACUCAAAUUAACGAUGUUCGUCUGGUUGAUUUGUAUCAAGAUCGGCCUUAUGCAAUACAGUUGUUGCGUGGUUGGAAAACCUUUGCAAACUUAACGGUCGAACAGGUGGUUAUCGAUACCAAUGUGAAUGAUUUAAAUUUCCACGAUUUUUUAUCGAAAAUUGUAUGGUUAGAUCAUCCUAAUAUAACCAUACAACAAUUGCAAGGUGAUGGCUGGAGUUUUGGUGGCCAACAAUUGUGGAUACAGAAUUUAUCGUUGUUGAAUCGAAUCAACGAACGGAUCGAUUUCCAUCAUUUCAUCAACAAUACCGCUCGUAUGGAUAUUACAGGGAUGAUCAUAAUCGAAAGUCCGUUACAUUUUCAAAACCCUGUCCAAGUCAAUGGCAAUUUAACCGUUAUUGGUACAAUAAAUGGAUUGAAUCUCAAUGACGAUGUAUUGCUCACCAAAGGCGAUCAAGAUUUUACUCGAAAACCUCUGUAUACAAAGCCUUUAAUGUUUCAAACAUUUUCAACCAAAUUUCAUAAUUUGACUAUCGAAUUCCUGAACAAUCGCUUUCGACCAGAAAAUUUUCUUUUGCGUCGAAAAUCAACUGCCCACAAAGUUUAUUUACGAAGAAAAUAUUUCAACAAUGAUCUUUUGGUUCAAGGUCAUGUUAACAUGCGACCAGAUUCCCUGACGAACAAUGUAGACUUAUCUGAUAUAUAUUACAAACUGGAUACUAUGGUUUCGAUGAGUACGCCUGUCGUAGCCAAACAUAUAAUUGUUGAUCAGGCCGUGUACACUAAUUAUUUCAAUCAAUUCGAUUGGCUUUAUGUACGACAAAAGUUGUCUAAUGUUCUUCUACGAAACAAACCGCAAAUAUUUGCCAUUCCAUUGACAUACACUGGCCCUAUGAGUGUUUCGAAUCUAACUUUUAACUAUUAUGGCAGUAAUAAUCUUCGAUUCCCUGAAGAUUUUAUCAGCAGAAAUGAUGAAACAAGUGAUGAUAUUGUCAUUUCAGGUACUAAAUAUUUUCAACAGCCUAUAACAGUUAAGAAUAUCCAUCUUGGACCAAACGGUACGGUAAAUGGUGUUCGUAUUGGUCAACACUUUGAAUCCAUAGUCCAUUUAAAUGGCGAUGAAAUGAUCGCUGGUCAUAAAACAUUCACCGAUUUGGUGAUUACAGGUAAUCUGUACAUAGGCGAUCAAAAAAUCAGUGGCCAUAAUUUGAAUGACACUAUCGAUGUGAGCAGUGAUGCGCCAAUGCAAACAAUCAAAAAGCCAUUGUGGCUCACCAAUAUAAUCAUUCUACAAGAUUUACGCGUUAAAGCUUUGAUAAUCAAUCGAACUGUCAAUGGCGUCAACUAUGAACGAUUCUGGACCGAUUCAGUUCAAAAACCAACCGGUCAAGGAUAUCCUAUAAUUCAACUAUAUAAUAAACAUUUUCCAGAUGGUCUCCAUGUUGAAUCGAUACAAAUGAUCAACGGGACCAUUGAUGGUGUCCACAUUGAUCAAGCAAUGCAUUGGGCCAUACCUUUGAAUUCUAGUCAAACGAUUGGAUCGAUCUUAUAUUUUAUGAAUGCGACGUUUGAUCACAUUGAAAAAUUCAAGACGAUCAACCAUUUGGAUCGAACAUAUUUCGAACAGGUUUUACGUAAAGAUUCAGAUGUUAUAGACAUUUAUCCAAGUCAAUCUGGUAGCCUUGAAUUCAUACUUGGUAAUUGGAAUGUUACUUAUCUGACUUUGUCAAAUGGUGGAACACUCAAUGGCUACGAUAUAAUCGAUAUUAAUCGUCGAACAUUGAAGAAACUCUCAAUUCAUGGUUCUCAAAACAUUACUGCUCGUCAUGUUUUUCUUAAACCAUUAUCCGUCAUGAAUUUAAGACUCCCAAUUGAUACGGUUAAAAUCAAUCAGAUUCCAAUACGAAAUUAUGUUUGGCUCAAUUCACCGACAUUGGUGUUCAACACUGAUAUCAUAUUUGAAAAUCUUCAACAAAUCCAAAAUCUUCAUGUCACUGGCUUGAUCAAUCGAUGCUAUUUUGAUCAUCUGGUUGAAACGUCGAUCAAACGAGAAUCUGUUCAUCAUGGUGCGAUAUUCAAUCUGACCGGCAAAUAUCAUGUACCAAAACUGAUUAUUCGCGGCAAUGUCAGGUUCUUAUCCAAUAUCAAUGGUCAAGAUAAUUUUCUGCCAAAUUUGAUUAAUGGUGAACGGCACAUUCAGAAUGGUUUGUAUUUUGUCGAAGAUGUAACAGUAGGUCGUAUCUACAUCAACAAUCUUAUAAAUCGACGUAAUCUGUCUCUCUUGCUUACUGAUGCUGUCGUUACCGAUCGACCACAAGAGAUAACUGGUAUGAAAACAUUUCUAAAACCAUUGAAGAUUCAAGGCAAUAUUGAUCAAGCUAAAGGCCGUAGAUUAAUGACAACUAGUGGUCGUUUUAAUCGUUAUAAUCUGACUGAUAUGUUCACCAAUGUCGUCCGUGUCAAUAACAGUGGACCUAUUCAUGGAAACAAAAUCUUUACCGGUAACAUCACAUUUGGCCGAUCGAUUCGGUUGGGCCAAACUUUGAAUGGAAUACGAUUUCCAUCGGAUUUUAUUCUUACCUACACAAAUGAAACGAUUACCGGUCAGACAAACUUUCGACGUAAAGUUCACAUUCAUAGAAAUUUGAAUGCUCAAUUGAUCAAUCAUAUCAAUGUAACAAGAUUCGUUCAUAAUGGAAUAAUGAUUAAUGAUACCAAUCCUCGUCGAGUGUUGGCUACCGUUCGAUUUAAACAUCCCAUUCGAAUACGUAAUCUGGCUGUUCAUCACCGGAUUAACGACAUCCCAGUCAAUGAUCUGAUCUUCAAAUCUAUUUUAUCGAAUCGCUCUGAUCCAAUACAAAUAUCUGGUAAAAAAUUCUUUAAAGACCCUUUAAUUAUCCAAGGUCGUUUGAAUGUUCGCACCAACUUGAUCAACAAUGUUGAUCUAUUUCGUGACAUUCGUGAUCAAUGGAUUGAUCGCCGGAUCUUAAACAAUCAAUCUAUGAUCAAUGGUAAAUUAAUAUUCGAACAACCGAUUCAUGUUGGAACGAUACGUAUCAAUAAAACAUUGAAUGGAAUACCAGUUUCAAGUUUUCACCAACAUUUGCUCCAAAUGGAGCAUGAUAUUGGUCAUUAUCGGCAUCAAGUUGAACGACAAUUGCGGGAAACAAAACGUGAUGAACAAAUAAUUACCCACAAUUUUACUUCAUAUUUUGUUAGCGAUGUUCGAUAUUUCCGAUUACAUCAAACAUUGCCGAUUGCUAUUCGCAAUUUCUAUCCAAUCACAAUGGAUGGUCGUAAUAUUGUUGCAAUGAUUACCAAUGGUCAUGUUGGCGAUACUCAAUCCAUGACUAAAUGUCAGUCUCAUCGAUCCGGUUAUUAUCAUCUGGACAGGCAAUCAGGUCUAUUGCAUGAUAGUAAUCGAUUUUGGCUCAAUACUUCGAUCAUAGCUAUUCAAUCACCAUUAUCACCUCAAUCAUUGGCAUUGAUUAUUUCCAAACCGACACAAUGUAUACAUCGAAAUGAUGGGUCAAAGCCAACUGAAAUUGUCGAAUCAUCGUAUCAUGUGCAAUUUUGGAAUACUUUCGAAUUUCUAUCUUCCAUGUCUACUGAUCAAUUGGAUGACAACCUGCUGAGACAAACUUUAUAUCGAUUACCCAUUAAAAACGGUCACAAAAUCCAUUCGGCUCGUUCAUUCACCAUUGGCCCCAUUGAAUACCUGUUGAUCCAUUAUCGUAUGAAAACUUGGCUGCAAUCACAACACGGUGAAAUCGUCCUGUUCAAACACAGUGGCAGUUAUUUUGAAGAAAUGAACAAUCCCCUUGCAAUGGUUUGGGAUUAUGAUUUGUAUGAAUUUUCCGAUGCUAUUUUAUUGUCGAUCAUUGUUGGUGUUGGUACCAAUCAUACAAUGGCCAUACAUCAUUGGAACCAUCAUGAAGAACGUUUUGAUCCUUACAUUUCUCAGCCAAUUAGAGCACCAGAUACUUAUUAUCUUACACGAAUCAUACCUUUACAAGAACGAUUAUUGGUUCUAUAUUCCAAAUCAAGCGAUUGUCAUUAUCAAACAUUUGGUACCAAUGUAUUUAACAUCGAUCUAUUUCAAUUGAUUCGAUCGAACAAUGGAAAACUAAUGAUGGAUAGCUACCAGCAAUUAUCUACGAUUAAAGCAAUCAUUGAUAUUCGUGUUGUACAAACGGGUCCAACCAUUACUUAUUUGAUGAUAUCAUCAUCUUCAGAUGUACAAAUGUAUCGAUUAGAUGGAAACAAAAAUAAAUUUCGAGAAAAAAAAUUUCAUAUACCAUGGAAAAUUAUCAGCAUCAAUCAUUAUUGGUUCAAUCAUGAUCUAUACCUAGCAAUUGGCUCAAAUCAACAUUCAGCAUCUAUUCUUUCUGCUGUCAUAUCAGGUCGAUUGUUCAAUGUAGCAGAAAAUCGUACAAUUAAUUCAUUGUUGUAAAUGAAAAUCAUUUUGUAUUCACAUAAAUGAUCAGUAUAAUAAAUUGUUUUUUAUAUAAUGAUAAUAAUAAU